AUGGCGCCAGGUCAGCACCGAGUCGAACGGAUUGAGUACGAUCCUGGGAGAAGCGCUCACAUAGCUCUUCUGAGCAUCAAAGAAGGAAACAAAAUCAACUACUCGUACAUUGUUGCUUCUGACGGACUGAGAGCGGGGCAACAAAUAGAGAGCUUCAGAUCUGGAAUUCCAGAGCGGCUUAUCAAAGAGCUUGGUGAUACGUCGGAUGCCGGUCUACUGGCUACAAAGACUUGUCAUCCGGGCAACUGUCUACCUCUGCACAUGGUACCGCCUGGAACUGCAGUCUUCAACGUCGGAAAGGCAAAGCAUGGACCAGCGAAGUUUUGUCGCAGCGCUGGUACAUAUGCGACGGUGAUCGGCAAAAACGAAGGGGACGCGAAGUGGGCCGACUUUGUAGACGUAAAGCUCAAGAGUGGCGAGGUACUGCACAUACAGAAAGACUGUUGUUGCACAAUAGGAAUUGCAAGCAAUGUUGACUACAACCAUCGACAAUUGGGGAAGGCGGGGAGGAGCAGAUGGUUAGGGAUUCGGCCCACCGUCAGGGGAGUUGCCAUGAAUGCGAGUGAUCAUCCUCAUGGUGGUGGACGAGGGAAGUCAAAGGGAAAUCGAAACCCUGUCAGUCCGUGGGGAAUAUUGACCAAAGGCGGAUACAAAACGAGGAAGAAGUCGAAAGUCAAUCGAUACGUCGUCAAAGCUCGGCCACGGUCUGAAAGUAAGAAAGCCAAAAAAGCAAAGAAACUGAAAAAGAAUAAGUAG